UUGCGCGCGUGGCGGGGCGGGAACAGCGAGAGCGCGAGAGAAGAGACAGGGACAAGCCAAUAUAAUAUAUAUAUAUAUAUAUCAGAAAGAGGAGGUGAAUCUUAUUGGCUGCUAUACAACAUCAAUCGCUCGUUUACGCGGACUUUUAUCCAUUAAUAUAUUUUCUCUGCAUUUCAAAAAGCCAAAAAAUCCACUUAUCAGACAACGACUUGAGGACCCUACAGUCGUGCGGAUCGUGUCAGCGUUUGACCCACUGUUGCCCAUCCACUUACAAGUACCCGAGACGAGUUACCAUGGAAACUGUUCUGGUCUUCCUUUUUUCCUUCCUAGUCUAUGUGGCGGCUUUGUCUGACUCUGCUGCCCAAGAUGGAAAAGAGAAGGGAUUGGAACCAUUUGUAUAUGACUAUGAGAGUUUGAGGAUCGGAGGUUUGGCGUUUGCUGUGGUGCUGUUUGCUCUGGGAGUGCUCCUUAUUCUCAGCCGCAGAUGCCACUGCAGCAUCAACCAGAAGCCCAGGGCUCCAGGAGGUGAAGAAGCUCAAGCAGAGAACCUCAUGGUCUCCAAGGCCAAGGAGACUCCUAAAGCAGAGAACUGAAGCAGUCCAGUGUUGUUAAACGCAUAGCCAUGGCUGAACGACUUCACUGAUGCUGCGGAUGCUGA